UCUCUACCUCUCCUCUCAUUCUCUGUCUCCCUCACUUCUUCGUCGCCUCACACACCCUCUCUCUCUCUCACACUCACCCACACGCGCGCACACCCUCAUUCCUCGACAUGGCUGCAGAAAUUGCCAACGCUUUCAUUGGCACAUGGAACCUCAAGGAGAGCGUGAAAUUCGAUGACUACAUGAAGAAGCUGGGUGUGGGCUUUGCUACACGUCAGAUGGGAUGCGUGACCAAGCCCACCACCAUCAUCUCAGUGGACGGUGACACGGUGACGGUGAAGACCCAAAGCACCCUCAAGAACACAGAGGUCUCCUUCAAGCUGGAUGAGGAGUUUGACGAGACCACCGCCGACGACAGGAAAGUUAAGUCGCUUGUAAAAGUAGAGGGUGGGAAGUUGGUGCACGUACAAAAGUGGGACGGCAAAGAGACCAGUCUGGUCAGGAGCGUCGACGGAAACGCCCUCACACUGACACUUACAAUGGACGAUGUCGUUUCCACACGUCACUACGUGAAAGUGUGAACCCUCCCUCCAGCAUCAGCUGAAGCCCUGCACCCUCGAACUCCUUAACACCACCUGGCCAAGCAAACCCUUUGAAUGGCUACUACAGAGUCCCCUCAAUGUUGUUUCAUACUGUACGCUCAGUAUUAACUUUACUGCUGACUGUGACCUCCCUUUUCUUUGUGCUGUUGUUCCUCCUUCUGUAAGAGACACUGAAUAAAUUCCAACGAUUUGUUGUUGUUUUUUCCUCUAAAAAUCCAGUCCAGCAUUGUUUUUUUUUUGGGGGUUUUUUGUUUGAAAAUGUGUUAUCCACGGUGGCAUUGAUAAACGUGGAAAAGUGUUUGAAUUUGAAAGCUUGCCGACUGACGGCUGAAAAAAAUAAAAGUGUCUACACUGUUGAAACUA